AUAUAUAUAUAUAUAUUUAAUAAAAUGGACAUCGACGAAUAUGAAUCGUUACCAACAACUUCGGUUGGUGUAAAUAUGACUGCCGGUGCUUCGGCUGGAAUUAUGGAACAUUGUGUCAUGUAUCCAGUUGAUAGUGUUAAGACGAGAAUGCAACAGCUGACACCUGAACCAAGAGGAAGGCACAAUGCACGAACGGUUUUAUUUAAAAUGAUACAUCAAGAGGGAUUACGUAGAUCUUUUCGAGGAGUUUCUGUCAUGGUAGCUGGAGCUGGACCGGCUCACGCAUUAUAUUUUUCAUGUUAUGAAGUGCUAAAAAAUCGUAUGAUCACCAGGACAAAUUCACAAGUUAAUUAUCUAGUCUACGGAGCUGCUGGUGCCAUUUCGACACUGCUUCACGAUGGUGUUAUGAACCCUGCAGAAGUUGUUAAGCAGCGGUUACAAAUGUACAACUCACCUUAUAGAGAUGUUAUGUCUUGUAUUCGGCACAUAUAUAAAACCGAAGGGAUAUUUGCGUUUUAUCGUAGCUAUACCACACAACUAACUAUGAAUAUACCAUUUCAAGGCUUGCAUUUCAUCGCCUAUGAAUUUGGACAGUCUUUAAUGAAUCCAGACCAUGUUUACAAUCCAAUAGCACACGUUGUUUCUGGUGCUAUGGCUGGAGCUUCUGCUGCAGCGGCAACGACUCCUUUGGACGUCUGUAAAACGGUCCUUAAUACACAACAAAAUGGAGUUAAACCUCAAGGAAUGGUUCAAGCUAUUCAAAUAGUAUACAAUUACGCGGGUAUACCUGGGUUUUUCCGUGGUUUGAGUGCGCGGAUUUGUUACCAAAUACCAGCUACUGCAAUUUGUUGGUCAACGUAAGUAAAUUGAAUUGCUAAAAU